CGGUUAGAAAAAAAAAAAUCAGGAAACGCGAGGGGUUGGGCUGAACCGCACUUGGGGAACGGCUCGAACCUUCUGCUAGGACUCUGGCUCUGCUCCGUCUGCUCAGCUCAGUGGCUCCACGCACCUACCACCAUGGAGCUUCGGUCUCGGCUCGGGGCCACCUGUUUGCUGGGCUUCAGUUUCCUGCUUCUCAUCACCUCUUCUGAUGGACAUAUUGGGCUUGGAAAGGGUUUUGGAGAUCACAUUCAUUGGAGGACACUAGAAGAUGGAAAGAAGGAAGCAGCUGCCAGUGGCUUGCCCCUAAUGGUGAUCAUCCAUAAGUCCUGGUGUGGAGCUUGCAAAGCUUUAAAGCCCAAAUUUGCAGAAUCUACAGAAAUUUCAGAACUUUCCCAUAAUUUUGUUAUGGUGAAUCUUGAGGAUGAAGAGGAGCCCAAGGAUGAAGAUUUCAGCCCUGAUGGGGGUUAUAUUCCACGAAUCCUUUUUCUGGAUCCCAGUGGCAAGGUGCAUCCAGAAAUCAUCAAUGAGAAUGGAAACCCCAGCUACAAGUAUUUCUACGUCAGUGCUGAACAAGUUGUUCAGGGGAUGAAAGAAGCUCAGGAAAGGCUGACCGGUGAUGCCUUCAGAGAGAAACAUCUUGAAGAUGAGUUGUAACAUGAAUGUAUCCCUUCCUUCAUCAAAGUUAGUGUUCUGGAAGGAAAGCAGCAGGAGAGGGAAUAUUGAGGAAUCACUCAGAACAAGUAAACCAACCAGGAAACCUUCUUCUGUUGGGAAGCAAGGGAAGGAGCGCUGUCACUGUGGAAGACUUCUGCUACCGGAAGCUGGUCUCUGUGCCUGUGGACCCAGCGGAGUGUGGCAGACUUGUUGUGCCAUACUCUCCUAGAUGUUUGUCAUUGAAUGUAAAGGAUGACCGUUUUUGACACAAAUUUUGAGCCAUUUGGAGGUUUAUUCCUUACAUUUCAGUAUUUGAAUCUUUUUCCAUUUCCUCCAGCUUUAUUCACCUUGGUGGUGAAAGAAGACCAGUAGCAUCUUUUCUACAAUAGUAAAAUUUCAGAAGUAGUUUAUCAUUUAAAACAAGAAACCUAAAUGUAAAUCAGUGAUUUUACCCCCACUAGGGAGACCAGCCUGUCUCUUCUCAUUUUCUCCUGGGAAUAAUCUUGGGCUUCUUCCUGAAUCCCAGUAACUUCAUCCUCUUCUACUGCUUGGGCUUCCCUGUUUGCACGCACGUGUGUGCAGGAAUGGCUGUGUGCUUGGACUCAGCCCCAUCUGGAAGCAUGCUUUUCUGUUACUGUUGGAGAAACAGAAACCUUCAAGCCCUAGGUGGAGCCAAUUUUGUCAAGUUGUCAACUGUAUUUUUGUACUGAGGUUAACAAAAAAAUUAAAAGACAUUAAUUGUUCCAUUAAACUUUAAUAAAACUUUGAAAGGAAA